CCAGGCAAGAUGGCCGACUUGGGGAAGAAGUACUGCGUUAACUGCCUUGCAGAUGUUACAAACCUGCGGCUUCGCUGCACCGAGUGCCCUGAUAUCGAGCUGUGCCCCGAGUGCUUCUCAGCGGGCGCUGAAAUCGGUAAUCACCGGAGAUGGCACGGCUACCAGCAGGUCGACGGCGGUCGGUUCUCUCUCUGGGGUCCAGAGGCAGAAGGAGGGUGGACCAGCAGGGAAGAGCAGUCGCUACUCGAUGCUAUCGAGCAGUAUGGAUUUGGAAACUGGGAGGACAUGGCCGAUCAUGUCGGAGCAUCCCGGACUCCUCAGGAAGUCAUGGAACAUUAUGUCACCAUGUACAUCCAUGGAAACCUGGGGAAGGCCUGUAUCCCUGACAGUAUUCCAAACCGGGUGACCGAUCACACCUGCCCGAGCGGGGGGCCCCUGUCGCCCAGCCUGACCACUCCGCUCCCUCCGCUGGAUAUCAGCUUGGUUGAGCAACAGCAGCUGGGCUACAUGCCACUACGUGACGACUAUGAGAUUGAGUAUGACCAGGACGCGGAGAAGCUCAUCAGUGGACUGUGUGUCAACUACGAUGAUGAGGACGUGGAAAUUGAAAUGAAGCGCGCCCAUGUGGACAUGUAUGUGCGUAAGCUCAGAGAACGCCAGCGGCGUAAGAACAUCGCUCGUGACUACAACCUGGUGCCUUCAUUUUUGGGCCGAGACAAGAAGGACAAGGAGAAGGACAAAACAGGGAUGUUGGGAGUCGUAGGAAGUGCAGCUAGCGUGAGUGGGACAGGGGCUGGUGGUGGUGCAGUCGGAUCAGGAUCCAUGACAGCAUCGGGAGCUGGUCCUCUCCCAAGUACACCUAAAAGAAAAAUCACCAAGGAAGAGAAGGAGCAGCGGGUGAGGCUGCGGGCGCUUUGCCAGUUCAUGGCCCAUCGGGAGUUUGAAGAGUUCUUUGAGAACAUGCAUAAAGAGCGAAUGCUGAGGGCCAAGGUGCGCGAGCUGCAGCGCUACCGACGAAACGGCAUCACACGCAUGGAGGAGUCAGCGGAAUACGAAGCAGCACGCCACAAACGGGAGAAACGCAAAGAGAACAAAAGUGUGGUCACCUCAAAGCGAGGCAGCUCGGGAGGAGGAGGGCUUGGUUCCGGGAUGGGACUCGGGGGUGGAGCUGGAGGAGGAGGAGGCAUUGCUGGGGGACUAGGGGUUGGAGGUGGGAUCAAAGAAGAGGGCAAAGAUGGUGAGUUUGCUGCCAUUGAGAAUCUGACGGGCUUCGAGCUGCUGUCAGACAGGGAGAAGGUGCUGUGCAACUCUCUCAACCUCAGCCCGGCACGCUACCUGACUGUCAAAACCAUCAUCAUCAAAGAUCACCUGCAGAAAAGGCAGGGCAUUCCCGCCAAGAGUCGAAUGCCCAGCUACCUGGACAAGGUUCUUAAGAAGCGCAUUCUCACCUUCCUCACAGAAAGUGGCUGGAUAUCCCGAGACACCUCUUAGCACUCCGUCGUUGCUCAGGAAAUUAUAAAUAGAUAAGCUAUAAGCGCUGGAGGCAGGAAGAACUACUGGUUUUCACCAUUUUUUUUUCAGGAGUGACCUUGUAAAUAUGUACGUUGAAAAGAAAUAAGAUGCCCAACUGGAGAAAAAAAUAUUUUCAUACAAGGGGAAGGAAGAAAACUGCCUAUAUUUUUGCAUUUGGAAAGGAACAGGGGAUUAAUACAGCUGUGUGGGUUACAGUACUUUCUAUUCUAAAUGUUUUGAAAAAAUAAUAACUGCAGUGUUAACAGUUGCAGGUAUUACAGAGCUGUUUUGGUGUUGUUACAGCAGGUACACUGAAGGUAGAAAUAAUGUAAGGAAUGCAACUGGCGACAGGACAAAUAACCUUCAUGCUGAAAAGAAGAGUAAAUAACAAAAUUUGAUUUGAUGAUAAACUCUUACCCCAUUGGUGGCUGCAAAAUAAGGUGAUUGGGAAAAAAAAACACAAAGAAAAAAGCUCCAAAAAACAGGGUUUGCCCAUAACCUGGCUGGUUUUAGCGCAAACAUAAUUAGAUAGCCUAAUAUUAGUUAGAGCGGGCCUAAUAUAUGGGCUCUCUGAAGUUUGCAGUCAUUAUCGGCCUAUCAGAGUUUGCACCAAAUGUCGAGUAUAAUAAUGAAUACAAAAAGAUGAGUUUCCACAGGUCCCUUCGACUUCAUUCCUACCCAUACCUUUCGGUUGAUAUCAUUGCUAGCCUAUCACUGCUUACUUAGAUCAGCUAGAGCUUGACCUGCUGCAGGUGGCUGAUUGCUGUAUAUCUUCCCCCCCAAUUUUUUACCAAAAAACUGAUGCAGAAAAAGGCGUUGGGGUAAUUUAGAGUUUUUGCAGGAGAGUGUGCUCCAACAUCCAUUCCAUACAAUACUCUCAGUACAUGUAGCAGAGUAGAAACUAGUUCGAGAAAUACAUUGCUGGAUAAUUAAAGCGAAGCAAAACAAAAAACGACACCCGUUAUUGUCCCUUUUUUAAUGUAACUAACAUAAAGAAUAUAUAUGUGUAUAUUUAUAUUAAACAAAUAUUGACCAGUAUAUCAAUAUUGGAAUCUUUUCUUAUUCCUAAAUAUGACCCUUAAAAAUCCACUAAGGCUAAUAUCAGCAGUGUCACCGUAGGUUUGACCAAUAAAUGACAAGAAAUGCCAAAGAAGAGAUCAUAGUCAGCGCCAGUCACACUCUGUCCACCAGAGGGCACUGCCAGGCUUAUUUUUAACCUGUAAAAAGUCCAACUCAGAAUGUAUUUUUGUUUGAUAGCUAAUUUAAAAAGAUCUUGCUUAAAUUUUUUUUUUCUUUUAGCAAAUUUAAGUUAAAAUUAUGUAUGGCUUAUAUUUGUUUUAAAGCCCCUAAAAUCUCAGCGUGAAAUAUUUUCUAUAUUUAAAAAGAAUAUUUUCUUUCAACCUUCUAUGUUGUAGAAAAUGUAAGUGGAGCGAUCUGAUUGACUGCGUCAGCAACCCACCAAUAACUGUUGUAUUCCUUUUAGUUUGUCCUGAGGAAAGUGUGGGUUCAGCUUCAAAACUUUAAAUAUUUUACAGUCCACGUGUUGUACUACAGAUGAUAGGACUUUAAAAGUACAAGACUGCUGUUUACCGAGUGAGUACACAGAGCUAAUACAUCAUCACAACGUUGCACCUUAAGGUUUAAGGUUCAAUAGUCUUUUAGUCUUAUAGCUGACCACAUUUACAGCUGCCCAACAAGGCUGAUGUGCAGCCUAUCAAUAUGCUUUCACUUCACUUUUUACAUUGGCUAAAAGUAGAAGCAGAACAGUGGCAUUAUUUUCUUUUGUAUUGCUUUUUUUGGUGACCCAAGCUGAACAUUAGUUGUCUCACAGCUGAAGCACGUUUAAAAACAAAAGAAUUAGAAGGACAAGAGGUAGUGUGAGUGUUACCUGUGCUGGAAAAUGUCUAGAUUCACAUUCUCUUCUUUUCUUUGUCUGUAGCUGACUAAAAUUUAGCUUCCUGGAUGGAGCAGGGAUAGUAAUGCAGGGCACUGUUUUUGUAGUGUUGCUUUAAACGUGGAGCGUUGCGUUGUUUUGUUUAUUACGAUGUAGCGUCUAAGAACGUAAAGUUCCGCUCUAAGCUUGAGGAUCAUUUGUGCAGGGUGUUAAAUUUCACUUAUAUGUUAACAACAUUCGUGGCCAAAGGAGCUUCAUUAUGCUAAAUGCUACAGCUGAUUUUUUUGAUUGUCAGCAAAGUCUUAUGAAAAGACCCUGACAAUUAGUCAGUGUAUCACACAAAUAGUGUGUGCCUGUUGCACUGAUGAGUACAAACAGUCCAACGUACAUUGUCUGCCUGUAACCAGCUAGAGUACCAAAUGUGUAUUGAUCUGCAGCAGGAAAUAGUCCCUCUUAUUUACAGUAUGUAGAAAACACUGAAAAAAUCAUUCAAGCAGAUUUCUUUAGGUCAUGGAUAUUGUUUUCGGGUCCACUCCUGUACAUUGUUGUAACCCUUAGCUAACAUGUUCCUAUUGGAUUUGAAUGUGUUCAUUGGCUGUAGUGGGUUUCCAGAAGAUGCUGGUUGAACGUUAGACGAGUGUUCUGUUGAUUUUGCAAAACGGAUAUAAUAAGCAUUUUUCAGAGCCUCUGGCCCAGAAUGUUUUUCGAAGGUGAUGCUGAAACCAUCUGGUCAUUUUUCUUUAAUUGUCACUUUUUCUUUUUUCUGGUUUGCACGUGCAACUAACUGUUCUAGAUUGUUCCAAAAUGGUGUGUUUUGAUAUUAAAGUCUCAAUCAAAAAUGUGGAAACUGAAGAAUUUGCUUUUGUUCUCAUUGGGAAAAUACUUUUUGUAAGGGGGAUUUGCUGACUUUACAUUACCAAAUGUAAAUAUCUUUAUAAGAUAAAUUUUAGGGGAGGGGAGAACUAUGCUGACCUGUGAAAUGUACAGUAUUUUAUGUCAUGGAAAUUUUUAUAGCUUUUUGUAAUUAAAAAAAAAAGUUUUUGGAAUCGCAAAGAAGAAGAGGCUUUGGUUCUAGUCGUGGCAUGCUGUCGAGCUGUCCUAAAUCUUGUUGCCCGUCUCAUUAUGUUGAGUUGUUUUGCUGUUCUGUUACUUUGUUGUUGAAAAUGACAGAGUAUCUGUGGAGAUGUAUUAAAAG